AUGAGACUAAUAUACAAACAGUCGUUGAUCCAAGGUAGGAUACUUCGACUAGUCAAAGAUGCUACUCGUUCAAUAUCAACCGAGUCAUCCCUCAUGACCAAUGGGAAACUCGAUUUUUCCAAACUAGACAAGAAAUGGGCAGAUAAAUGGAAAUCUCAAUCCCCAUCAGGAUCUCUUCAUCCUACCAAAGACAUCCAAAACAAUGACCAAACUAAAAAGACAUUUUAUUCAUUAUCUAUGUUUCCAUACCCUUCGGGAGUCUUACAUUUGGGUCACUUACGUGUAUAUACUAUCAGUGAUGUUCUUGCUCGAUUCAAGAGAUUACGAGGCUACAAGGUCAUCCAUCCAAUGGGAUGGGAUGCGUUCGGUUUACCAGCGGAAAAUGCAGCAGUUGAGCGAGGAAUCCCGCCUGCUGAAUGGACCGAACAGAAUAUUUCCAAAAUGAAGGAACAGAUGAGUGCAUUUUUAGCUGAUUUCGAUUGGGAUCGAGAAGUGAAUACCAGUUCGGCCGAUUAUUAUAAAUGGACCCAAUGGAUUUUUUUGAAGUUGCAUGAACAUGGAUUAGUAUAUCAGAAAGAAGCGGAGAUUAAUUGGGACCCGGUAGACCAGACAGUGCUUGCUAAUGAACAAGUCGAUUCUGAGGGUAGGUCAUGGAGAAGUGGAGCAUUAGUGGAGAAAAAGAAAUUGACUCAAUGGUUUAUUGGUAUAACUAAAUACGCGGCUGAUUUGAAUAAGGAUCUUGAAUAUUUGACCGAAUGGCCUGAUAAAGUGAAGACUAUGCAACGUAAUUGGAUUGGGGAAUCACAUGGGUCAGAAAUCCAUUUCCCAGUAAAUGGAGGACGUGAACAGAUUACCGUAUUCACUUCUAGACCAGAUACAUUAUUCAGUGUUCAAUUUUUGGCAUUGGCUUUGGAUCAUCCAAUUGUGAAUGAAUUAGUUAAGGAUGAUCAAGAAUUGGCAAAAUUUAUCAAAGAAGCCGAAAGAGAUACCGAUCCUGAUACUAAAGCAGGAUAUAAAUUAAAAUCCAUCAAAGCUAGUAUUCCAAUCGAUAUCAGCAAUAACAAAAGUUUGAAAUUUGAUGUUCCUAUUUAUGUCGCACCUUAUGUUAUUGGAGGGUAUGGUCAUGGUGCAGUCAUGGGAUGUCCUGGACAUGAUGAUCGAGAUUUCGAGUUCUGGAGAUUACAUGAACCCACUCAAGAGACAAUCCAAGUGGUGGCACCUUCUGCUGAUUGUACCGAAGUUCCAAAUCCAUACACUGACAAGAGUGGUGUAUUACUGGAUAAAGCUAUUCUUGCAAAUGGAUUGGAAUCAAUUGGAGGAUACAGAGGAAUGUCAGUCAAAGAAGCCGGUGCAUUAAUCACCAAGAAUCUCGAAUCCAAUUCUCUUGGGAAAGACACCAUUAGCUACAGACUUCGUGAUUGGUUAAUCAGUAGACAAAGAUAUUGGGGUGCACCAAUCCCCAUCAUCCAUUGUCAUGACUGUGGGCCCGUUCCAGUUCCAGAAAAAGACUUACCUGUUAUCUUACCCCAUGCCGUAGAUGAGCAUUUCGGGAAAGGGAACCCAUUGGGCAAGAUCGAUUCAUUUGUCAAUUGUGAAUGUCCAUCCUGCGGUGGUCCAGCUAAGAGAGAAACCGACACCAUGGAUACGUUUAUGGAUUCAUCAUGGUAUUUCUUAAGGUACUUAGAUCCCAAGAAUGAGGAAUUACCACUCGGAGCUCAAGCUGCCAAAGACAUGCCGGUUGAUUUAUAUGUUGGAGGAGUCGAACAUGCCAUUUUACAUUUAUUAUAUUCUCGAUUCAUUUCCAAAUUCUUAGGUGAUGUUGGAUUAUGGAAUGGGAAAGAUGUACGCAAGGAACCAUUCAAGAAAUUGAUUACUCAAGGUAUGGUACAUGGAAAAACUUAUACCGAUCCCGAAAAUGGACGUUUCUUAAAACCAGAUGAAGUUGACUUGACAGACCCUCUGAAUCCAAUCAUUAAGAAAUCGGGCGAGACUGCAUUGAUUAGUUUUGAAAAGAUGUCGAAAUCGAAAUAUAAUGGUGCUGAUCCGGGUGAGUGUAUUAAGAAAUAUGGUGCUGAUGCUACGAGGGCACAUAUGUUGUUUUCGGCUCCGAUUUCGGAUGUGCUUAAUUGGAAUGAAGAUCAGAUUGCAGGGACCGAUAGAUGGUUAAGGAGAGUGAUUCAACUUAGUGAGAGAAUUUUAGAGGUUCCAGAUACCAAGGUUGGAUCCGGAAAGAAUAAAUCGGUAUUUAAAAAUAUUAAACUUAAUGAUAAAGUAUAUGAAGAACUUGAAUUUAAUGAAGAUGAGCUUAAAUUAUAUAAUGAGACCCAAGGAUAUGUCCAGGGAAUUGCCAAAUCUAUUGAAGUUGAUUUUUCGUUCAAUACCAUUAUUUCAGAUAUGAUGAAAUUAUCCAACGCAAUCACGACUGCUCUUAAUUCAAAACUGGAUUACAACAAAGAAUUAUUAGUUGAUUCAUAUAGGAAACUUUUGAUAUGUAUGUCAUCAGUCACCCCCGCUACUGCUGAAGAAUGUUGGGAACGACUUGCCAAUGGCCAAGAGAGAGAAGUUAGAUCGAUUUUCCAUGAAUCGUUCCCAGAAUGUCAACCUAUUGAAUCCCAAACAGAAUCCUAUAAUGUCUUCAUUAAUGGGAAGCAUAAAGGUACGAUUGUAGCAUCAAAGACGUUGGUAGAAGAAGGCGACGAUGCGGUCUUGAAAGAGGUUUCGAAGUAUGAUGAUAUCUCCAGUCAUAUAACUGGCUCCAUUAAGAGAAUCAUCAGGAAACCUAAGUUAAUUAGUAUUAUUUCCAAAUAG